UAGCAAUAGAGGGGAAGAAGAAUAUAUAGAGAUCUGAAGGUUACUUUUGUCACAUUCAAGUUUUCAUUAACCGGCUUAGAAAUUUUGUGUGCUUGUUUCGACUCUGAAGUUUAAAAAAAAAAAAAUUCAAGAUGCCGCUCUAUAGAUUGACUUACUUCCCAGUUACGGCAUUGGCAGAACCAAUCCGUUUUCUCUUCAGUUAUGCUGGUACUCCAUUUGAUGAUGAACGUAUCAGCAAAGACGUCUGGCCAGAAAUAAAGCCCUUGACUCCUUAUGGUCAGCUUCCUAUGCUCGUAGCUGAUAGAAGGAAGGUUGCUCAGUCUACAGCUAUUUGUCGUUACUUAGCCAAACAAUAUGGCUUAGCUGGAAAGAAUGACUGGGAAGCUCUUCAUAUUGAUGCCACUGUUGAUACUAUUCAUGAUAUUCGUCAUAAACUUGCCUCCUUCCACUAUGAGGAGGACGAGAAGGUCAAAGCUACAAAACGCAAGGCUGCUGAAGAGACGCUACCGUUUAUUUUAGAACGUUUGGACCAGCAAGUGAAGGAAAAUGACGGCUACUUCCACAACGGUACUCUCUCCUGGGCUGAUUUAACAUUCGUUGCUCUGCUCAGUUAUUUUAACUUUAUGUACAAGUCUGAUCUGAUCACAAAUUACGACAAUCUGAAGCUACUGGAGGGAAAGGUCCUCAAUCUGCCUAACAUCAAAAUCUGGAUUGAGAGGCGCCCAGUUAGCGAAUACUAAACUUCACGAUUGCUUAUGAUUUUAUAAGCAUUUAAAGAUUGCGGUCUUAGUGUGUUGAGAGAAUGGAGGACGAAUCGCGUUGUUGGAAGUUUAUAUGGAAUAUACUGAUCGCUUUUAACAUUCGUUAGUUCCAGUUAUUACCGAUAUUUUUGUCAUUUAAUUAGGGUUUUCCCUUUAGAUUACGUUGCGAUAGAGAAUUAUUAUUUCUGUAUUCCUACAGAAACAUACGAACUAUAUAAACUGUUGACACCAUGUUGCGUUUUUGUAUUACAGAGAUAAUAAAAAAACCAUCAAAAGAUCA